AUCUUUGUCCUUGUCCUACACAAGGGCCUGACUCAUGCAUGCUUCUUUGUGCUUCCUCAGACAUAGAUGGAGGACUCGAGCCUGAAAAUCCACAACAGUUCAGCUGCUGGACAGCUCCCUGCCCGAGCGUGGUUCCUGCAGCUCUUUGGCUCCUCCCAGGCUUGGGGCUUUGGCUGCUGUUCCGGGAGAUGCUGCUUCACGCUCCAAGAGAGACCUUUGGGCUUCUUUCCACCUUGCUCCUGACGCUGCUCCUGCAGCUUCCUGUUUCUGUGUGCAGGACCAAGAAAGCCCCCUGCCUGUCCAGAAUGAGCCCCAGCCUCUCCAGAGACGGGGACCUGGUGAUUGGGGGCUUCCUCCCUCUCUAUGCGCUGAGAGUGAACAAGGUCACAAGAGCAGCAGACUUUAUGAGGCGUCCUAACGAGGACUGUAGGAGUUACCAGUGGCUCCACAAAAACUUCCAGCAGGCCAUGACCAUAAGGUUUGCUGUGGAGGAGAUCAACAGAGACCCCGUUCUGUUGCCCAACGUUUCCCUGGGAUUCCAGGUCUACAACGCCUACCACAGUGAUGAGAGGACCUUGGAGAGCUCCCUGCAGUGGUUGACAGGAGAGAGUCAGCCAGUCCCUAACUACAGCUGCAGAGAGCAGGACAAGAUUGUAGCUAUCAUUGGAGGAGCCACAUCGGCUCUGUCUGUCCAGAUGGGGACCCUACUGGAGCUCUACAACUUCCCACAGCUCAGCUUUGGCCCAUUUGAUCUCAUCCUGACUGACAAAGUCCAGUUUCCUUCUCUCUACCAGAUGGCUCCUAAGGAUUACUCCUUGCAGCAAGGUGUGGCCAGAUUACUGGCAUAUUUUAAAUGGACUUGGGUAGGUCUGGUGACCACAGAUGAUCUGAGGGGGGAGGAAUUCCUCCGUGAAAUGACAGGAAGGAUGGAGAAGUAUGGCAUCUGUGCUGCCUUCACAGAGAAGAUCCCUGUCAGUGAGAGAAUACAUGAAGAAUCAAAGGUGAAUUUCAUGCCCAGAAUCAUGGAGUCUUCAGCCAGGGCAGUUGUGAUUCAUGGCGAUACAGAUUCAUUAAUGGUUCUGAGACAUUCACAAAUACCCUUUAUUCCAAUGUAUAAGAUAUGGAUCACCACAUCUCACUGGGACAUCACCAUGAGACCCAAGUAUGUUGAUAAUUACAAUUUCUAUGGAGCUCUUACAUUUACAUACCUGACCAGUGAAGUUCCUGGUUUUAAGUCUUUUCUCAAGACAGUCCACCCUAGUAAAGACCCAAAGGACACUGUGCUUAGGGAUUUCUGGUUUUCAGCUUUCCAGUGCCAGAGUAAAUCUAAAAAUCUGGAUCUAGAGCAAUGUACUCCAAAUGAAACCUUGGAGUCCUUGCCUAUAUACCUUUUUGACACGACCAUGUCUGGCCUGAGUUACACCAUCUACAAUGCUGUGUAUGCUGUGGCUUGGGCGCUUCAUGAAGAGCUUCUGAGGAAAUCAGAGACAGCACCUGAGGAAGCUGGAGAGAGUGGGGUGCCUCAUCCUUGGCAACUGCACUCCUUUCUGAAAGACAUUCAGUUCCACAACAGUGCUGGUGACCAGGUGUUCAUGGAUGAGAAAAGAAGGUCUGAGGCUCAAUAUGACAUUAGGAACUAUGUGACCUCUCUUAAUGAUACUGAAUUCCUGGUGAAAGUGGGCCAAUUUCUCCCCAACACUCAACCUGGUCAAGAUUUCAUCAUGCAUGAGGAAGACAUCAACUGGGGAUGGUUAGACACAAAGAUCCCUCAUUCUGUGUGCAGUGCUAGUUGUGCCCCAGGAUACAGGAAGAUAACUAAAGAAGGAGAGCCGAUCUGCUGCUUCAGCUGUUCCCAGUGCCCAGAGGGGGAGAUAUCCAAACAAACUGAUAUGGACCAGUGUGCGAAGUGCCCAGAAGAUGAGCAUCCCAAUAAGGAAAGAGAUCACUGCUUCCCCAAGGUUGUGACCUUCCUGGAUUUCACAGGAUCGUUGGGGACGGCUCUGACGUUCGUAGCUGCUUCCUUCUCUCUCCUGACAGCCCUGGUCCUCUGGGUGUUUGUGAAGUUCCGAGACACCCCCAUAGUCAAGGCCAAUAACCGGGCUCUCAGCUACACCCUCCUCGUCUCCCUCAGCUUCUGCUUCCUCUGCUCCCUGCUCUUCAUCGGCCGCCCCACGGCCGCCACCUGCCUCCUCCGACAAACCACGUUUGGGGUUGUCUUCACUGUGGCCGUGGCCUGUAUUCUGGCUAAAACCAUCAUGGUGGUUCUGGCCUUCAGAGUUACAAGGCCAGGGAGCAGCAUCAGGGUGUGGGUGCAGUCGAGAGUGUCCAACUGCAUCGUCCUCGUGUGCUCUGGGAUCCAAGUGAUGCUCUGCGGCUUCUGGCUGGGAACGUCUCCCCCCUUCCCAGACAUGGACCUUCACUCUGAGCCUGGCCACAUCAUCAUUCAGUGCAACGAGGGCUCUGAUAUUGCCUUCUACUGUGUGCUGGGCUACAUGGGCUUCCUGGCCUUGGGCAGCUUCACGGUGGCUUUCCUGGCCAGGAGCCUGCCUGACACCUUCAAUGAGGCCAAGUUCAUCACCUUCAGCAUGCUGGUGUUCUGCAGCGUGUGGGUCUCCUUCCUGCCCACCUACCAGAGCACCAAAGGCCAGGCCAUGGUGGUGGUGGAGAUCUUCUCCAUCCUGGCCUCCGGCGCUGGGCUGCUGGGCUGCAUCUUUCUUCCCAAGUGUUAUGUGAUCCUGCUGAGGCCAGAGAGGAACGUCCUAGCAGGGAUGAAGAGGAAAGUGAAUUCCUAGAGCACAAACUAGUCCAGGACGUUGCCUUACAUUUCCUGACAGGCAUAGAAGGCUUACGUAAUAAUGCCCAUCGGGAAGCAUAUCGAUACUUAGCUAUUUCACUGAUCCAUGAAUUUCAACUACUUCCUUUCCAACCCCCCAUCUAUAGAGACAGCCAAGGGCAGGCUCGUGUCUUCUAUAAGAACUCUCUGAAAAGGCACCCCCCAAACUUUAUUUAAUCUACAUUAUCAAAAAUUUCCGGAUCAUAUGCUUCAGUCUAGACAGUCAAUAAAACAAGAAA